CUGUUUUUUUCCAAACAGGUCCAGGUUUGUUACUGUAGACACACGGAUGAUAAUAAAAAUACUUUUUGUAUUUGUUUAUUAGAUUGCUUUCAUAAGAUAUAUGUUAAGACAGUCAAUAUAAAAAACUUGUCUAAAAAAACAUUGAAAAACACUGUUCUUGGCUAAUUUUAAGGGCCCCCGUUUUGGUUCAAAACAUUUUUUAUGUUCAUUUCACACAAAUUCGUACAGUGAACUUUUUUAUUGUAGGUUCAUAACUUUGACACUUGCCAAAGCUUCUGAUUUUUGUUGCACCUACAUUAAAUUAUUCCACACAGUUUAUGCUGUCAAAAAUGCACAGUUGUCAAAAUGCUCAAAUCACUGAGGACAAGCCUGUCAAGGGCUUUUGCGAUUAUAAUGAUCACCAUUUUUGGGGUUUAUCCUUUUUUUAAUCUUUCUAUCAUAAAAUGUUGUGUUCUUUUUUUUUUUUUUUUUUUUACAAAUAUUGAUGUUUCAAUUAGUAUCAUAGUGUGAAUGUUUAUGAGGGGAGGAAAUUGUAAUGUGCAUGAUUUUUUAUUGGCCACACUUUGGACAUACGGAAUAAUUUGUAUUCAGUGUAUGUAAGUGUCUUUGUUUCUUUGUGUUACACUUUCUUUUGAAUAUCAUUUUAAUAGGCUAAAUAGAAUCCCUGGUGAAUUACUUCUCCUAAUUUGAUCCACAUCUUGAAUUAUUUUUAUAUAACCCAAAUAUUUGCAGCCAUUCAAAAUAGUUUGUGAUAUAAUUUCUAUAAAUACCCAUGUAGUGUUUUACUACCGUACAGUAUGUGUGUUUCUGCCUACUUCAGCUGUUCUAGGUCAGUAAAGAGAAUGCACACACCUGCGCCCCUCUUUCAUUCUGGUGUCGUCCAGCUCCUCUCACAGCAUUUACCAGCUGAUCCCAGCGCUUCAGCCGCCAGGUUUGGGGCCUAAAGCAGAGCUCAAGUAGAGCCAUCAUGGUUCACUAGCUUACCCGCCUUAUCUCCUUUUAACCCCCCGUACUGCUGAUGUCCUUGGUGAGGGGAAAGACCCCCUCCCACUCCCUCAGAAGAUGCUGAAACGACAAAAUCGCUUUGUCUCCCCCACAGCAUGUCCUGCUCUUUCUCUGUCUUCCUUAUGUAGGGGGAUUUUUUGGUGUAUUAAUUUUUUCAAAAGUUGUAAAUGAAAGUAGCACAUACAAUAUUGACUUGAACCAUGAAUCCCCUCCAGCUGGGAUUUAAUUCUGGUGUCUGUGAUUCGUUUUCAAAUUUUGAGUCAGUCUUUCGGAUGGGAAAGACCUGCUAUGUCUCACGGAUUUGAAAUGACUCCUUUGAGUUCUUCGUUUCAACUGUAGGAUUUUCCUGCUUGGCUUUUAAAAAUUUUACUUUUUUUUUUUUUUAAAUAUUCAGUGUUCAUCUGCUAGAUCUGAGUGUUAAUUUAAUGGGAUCCAUCGCCCUGCGUCUGCGGGUUUAGUGCAGGGUACCAUCACAUUUCCGAUCCACCUUCAUGUAAGUGUAAUGACUGCAGCUUUCAAUGUCACAGCAAAGUACAACACAGUGCUCAUUUCUCUCGGGACAGAGAGAGAAUGAAGGAUUACUGUAGGAUGUGUGGAGGACAUGAAGAAAGGACAAGACGGGGGGAAAACAGAAAGGGCAAAUGCAUUGGGUCAGGAAAAAAAAAGGUCGAUAGAAAAGUCAGGGAAUAAAUGUAGAAUAUUAGAAUGAGAAAUAUGAAUCCUGGAUUGAUGGUGUGACUGAUUAAAAAAUAAAUAAAAAAGGAGAGCAUUUGAGGUGCAUCCCACCAGUACAAAGGACUGCAGGACAGAGGGAACACUAUGAUCUGCAACCUGUAUAUUCCGAGCAACAUCAGAGACAUGCACAGCAGUGGGAGGCAUUCUUGCAAGCAUAAGUGAACCACCAACCCGGAUAGCAAUCCAAGCAAAUUUACCAGAGGAGGCGGGGAAGCAAGGAGGGAACGGGAGGUACGAGAGGGAAGAACAAAGAAGAAGAGGAGGAGAGAGGAGGGGGGGUGUUGCAUGCUCACGGAGAGUGACAGAGACAGAGCGACGAGCAAGAAAGAAGCUCAGAGAUAGAGAGGAGAGCGCUGAGCAGAGAUGGGGACCGCUCACUGACACAGAGCUAGUUGGAAGGACUGAGAUCAACACAGAACCAGAACCAAAGAGGAAGUGAGUGAAGGUGGAUAGAGAGCAAGAAGGGGAAAGGGAGGGGAAGGAGACACAAAAUGAUGGAGCCCAGAAACAUUUCUUACAGGACGCCUUUUCUUCCCUGUUGCCUGCAGCAGACAUGACUCUGGGCACUGGACUGUGCUGAAAUUAGCCAGAGGGACAACAAGGGACAACGGGUCUGCAGCUAGCUGCUGCGGUUCAGCUUUACUGGAUGCAGCAAGGCAGCUGAUUUAUCACUGAUGGUCUGUGUGGCAGUGUGUGUGUGAGUGUGUGCGCGCUGGGUUUUUAUGGGUCUGUGUAGUGCUCUGAGCUAUGGGAGCGACCAUUCCUCCAGUCAUGAAAUGACAUUCAGCAGGCGGGAGCUUUGUGUGCUGGUGUGGAUCUGCUGUCCUCUGUUGGAAGUGUGAGAGUGUAGGAUUCAGAGCUGUCUUUGAGGGGAAGGAGUGUGUGUGUUUACAGUGCCGAUUGCCAAGAUGAGCCAAGGAGAAUCAGCUGUGUGUGUUUAUGUUAACGGAGCAAGGUUGCAGUAAAGGCAAAGGCAUACAAUGCGAGGGCAGGUGUAGCCUUGAUGGCACAGGGUGCCGCUGAAGUUACUGGGGGGUAAAGGAGGAGGACGGAAAAGGAGUAAUAGACAAGUGGAGAAGAGAGGGCAAUCAUGGCUGUCAUACAGUGAGCUAUAGCAUAUGCUGUAGUGCAGAACAGAGUGGUGCUGCAGGGGGAGGACAAGCAUCACUGCGCUGGGGAGGGGGGGGGAGAGAGAGGAGGGGGAGGAUUUCAGCUUACCACCUCUUUCAACACCAAGGGGGGGAGCACAGCAGGACGGGCCCAGCAGAAGACAAUCGCGCUCACGGGGACACUCCCGGCCAGGUCGGCGUGUAGAGGUCAGGAGGGUGUGUGUGUGGUGGGGGGAGCUGAUGAGGUGCAGAGGUUUGGCGUAACCCCUGCUGGUGCAAGCAAGCGCAGGCUGGUCCUGCGAGGCAGAGGAAGAAGUCUGAGGAGGGAAGAAGGGGUUGCUCCCCAAACCCUGUUUCUGCCAUCGUUCCAUCACCAUGGGAGAAUGGACCAUUUUGGAGAGGCUGCUGGAGGCAGCUGUCCAGCAGCACUCCACCAUGAUUGGAAGGUGGCCAGAAAAAGGAGACCAAAGGGAUGUCCGUGUUGCUCUGUUUCUGCUGGAUAUGAUCCUGCUGACAGUGGUGGUGAUUUUCCGUAUCCUAAUAGUUGGGAUAGUGGGUGAGAAGGUGUAUGAAGAUGAGCAGAUCAUGUUCAUCUGCAACACCAUGCAGCCCGGCUGCAACCAGGCUUGCUACGACAAGGCCUUUCCAAUUUCGCACAUCCGCUACUGGGUCUUUCAGAUCAUCUUGGUGUGCACGCCGAGCCUGUGUUUCAUCACAUACUCAGUUCACCAGUCUGCAAAGGCACGUGACCGCAGCUACUCCCUCCUGCACCAUUACGUGGAUCACCACGGUCACGGACACCAUGGUCGCCACGGUCAUGACCACCACGGUCGCAAGCUUCAUGCGCGCAACAUCAACGGCAUCCUGGUGCAUCCUGAGGGCAGCAAGGAGGAUCACGACAUGGACGUCAAAGAGAUCCCCAAUGGACCGCGGGGGCUUCCUGGAACGCACAAAAACGCCAAAGUGCGGCGUCAAGAAGGCAUCUCCCGCUUCUACGUCAUCCAGGUGGUGUUCCGCAAUGCCCUGGAGAUCGGCUUCUUGGCCGGCCAGUACUUCCUGUACGGCUUCAACGUGCCAGGGAUGUUUGAGUGUGACCGCUACCCCUGUGUGAAGGAGGUGGAGUGUUACGUGUCCCGCCCAACAGAAAAAACGGUCUUCCUCGUCUUCAUGUUUGCCGUGAGCGGCAUAUGCGUGCUCCUCAACCUGGCUGAGCUCAACCACAUUGGGUGGAGGAAGAUAAAGACGGCCAUGCGAGGAGUGCAGGCCCGGAGGAAGUCCAUCUGUGAGGUGCGCAAGAAGGAUGCGUCACACCUGUCCCAGGCCCCAAACCUGGGCAGGACCCAGUCCAGUGAGUCGGCCUAUGUCUGACAGAGGCUUCUCCGCCUGGGAGCUCGGGGACCUUUGAAGUUAUGGAGAAGAGCUUUUCCUGGGCCUGCUCAGUAGAGAGCAAACUGAUAACUCUAUUAUUACUAUUCAGGAGCACAGAUUCUGAGUCACAAUGGAACAAUGGUUCACCAAGUAGAGUUUUUUGACACUUGAAGAAAGAAGAAUCAUCUUCCUAACAAACUGAUAAAAAAAACCUCUGCUCUGCCUAGGUGCCAUGAGGUGCCUUCGAAAAAUAGCUAAAACUGAGCAAACACAAGAAAUGUUGUAAAACUGUAAAGAUAGUCCGAGUUUAAAUAACACAAAGCUCUUGAUUAUUUGCCUUUAGGUCAGGAAACAGACCCCCUUAACUUUUCAGUUAUAUGUGUUUAUGCAAGAGCUUUGGCGUGUGCAUGCAUACGCAUGUGUGUCCAGGAAACGCAGCUCGUCUCUGACUGGAGUCAGGAAAAACUGAAUGCUCAACAAAUCUAAGCAGCUGAAAGAAAGAUAAUAUUGUUUGUCAUUGUCCACAAUAUUCAAGAGAAGCACUUUUUUACCCCCCCCCCCAAACUAAAGGUACUGAUACCAUCAACUGGACGAGUAUUUGCUGGAGGUGUUGCAGCCUUUUCCUUUAAAAAAAAAAAUGAAGUCACUAUUUUUCACCUGCUAUGUAACACUAGGUGCUAAUCAGAAGGCAGAGUCAUAUGGGAGCACACAGAGUACAUUAUCAAUGAUUUUAAUUAGAUUUCCAGCAUUGUGUUCAUUUUGUGCUUCGCUCCAAGUGCCGGCAAGGCAUGGUGUUUACUCUCAGAACCCACGGAAAACUGUGUCUCUACUUUAGCUUGUAAAAUGUGCUUGCUGUGGUGAGCUUCUGAAUGGAUUUUACACGCAAACCUUUUUCUGAUGAACACAAAGGGUAAUGUAGCCACAAAUACUUAUAACCUCAGACUUUUCUCUCACAAGCAGAUUUUGGUGCCAUACUUCAAAGUAAGUGUACAUAGAUAACAUAAUUACACUUUAGCCUUUUUUCUCUAAGAAAGUUCGGAUGGGUUUCAUGUGGGUGGGGGAGAGGUGGGUUCUAAAGAUAAAUCAUAUAAUGUCAGCUUUAACAAUAUGUAUCAUUAAUGUGCUCUUUGUUAUGCCUUCACCUUCUUACCGAGAAGAGUCGCUCCUAAAGGUGUUUUUUUCUCCCCAUAUUGGACUGAAAAAGGCAUGUUCCUGAAGCAUAAAUAGAAUGGAUAGAUAAUGAGAUGUAACUUUUUAAAAGAGAUUGUUUUAUUUAUUUGCAUCCUGCACCUGUAAAAUGUUAUAUUCAGCAUGCAUGAAGAUGAAAACUAUAAAGAGAUAGAAACAAAGAAUAUCAUUAAGGGAAUACUGACGGUGAAAACCAGAAAGGCGCCACAACUGCAGCAAUAAUAAUAUGUAAUAUGUGAAAAGAAAUAUGUGAAUAAAUGAUUAUGCAGUGAC